GUCAUCCGCUGGUAGAAAUUGCUAAAGUUUUGCAACGUGGCGUUAAAUUGGACUAGAGAGGGAAAUUAUACUGAAUUUUAUUUGUCUGUGAACUUCACGACUGAAGGUUACAGGAGAGCAAACUGUGCAUCCUGAAAAGAGGUGAGCUGUUACAUUUAUUUACAACUUAAAAAACAUAAAAUCGGGCGAUUUUGUUAGUAAAUUUCGACCGGAGUUCAUGCUUCCUGCCGGCGAAUUUAAAUCUAGGCAUAAGCUUAUGUGUGACUUAUGAUCAACGUAUUUUGUACUGUCAGUCGAGUUUUCAGACUUAAUAAUUGCCUCGAAGUGCAUGAUCCUAGCCCAUUCGCCAGCAGUUUCCUACCUAUUAAGAUGCUGGUGAUCUUCUAAUUAUUUAUUGUGUUUGCGCUUCUUCAUGCAGUCAAAUAGUGCUUAACCAGCUUUCACAUUAAUUGGGGAUUGAUGUGAAAGCUUGUUUUCUCGAAAACUGUAGAGAUUACGCGUAGCUUUUUAUGCUGUUUUAUUAUUAUUUAUUUAUUAUUUUUUGUUUCAGUCUUACUUGAAUGUAUAUAUUCCAUCGUGUAAUAUACAUUGUAAGCUUAUGAUUUCAUGUAACUUAAUAAUUUUAUUUUACAAUUAUAGUGCAUGACAACUGUUGGCAAGUUUUCAUGUUAUCAAUUAGCUUACUUAAUAGGAAACGUUUAUUUGAGAGAAUCCAAGAUAACCUGUGGAUACUUGAUCUGGUCAGUUUUGACUACUAAAAAGUAAUAUUAUUUUUUACUUUCCAUCCCACAAAAGUUUAAAUAUGGAUGAUGCUUCAGAGGACAGUCGGCCAGCUCAACCAGGCCUCAUCAAAAAGUUCUUCUUAACAAUUUCAACAGUAAGAGAUUCAUUAGCUAUGUUGCUUUUUUUUAUUCCUGGAAUGAUCACCAUCUUAAUUCCCUUAAUUCAUUAGAGUUCAUAAUAUUCUAGACAAGGACUAGCGAAAAUUGGGUUUCACUGGAUAGAUACAUUUUGAUAAACACCAUUCUGUUGUCGUUUUGUUAAAUACUUUGAAGUGAGUAAAUCAUUACCAUGUAAAAGUUCUUCCUAAGAGUUUCCUUGGAAAUGAAUGAUGAUACCACUGAAUUCACCUUCUGAGCAUCUGAUUCCACAUGUAGUUUCACGUGACUUUAGUAAACAAACCCCGAAAGUUCAGACUUCCAUUCUCUCCCACAUACUGUACUUGCACAAAGUACGAGUCGCUAUUUGUUCGCUAUAAUGAGGUUUAUAAUCAAGGUUCUUUUUCAUAUACAUGUAUUUACUAUUACUGGGGCAAAGAACAUCGUGUCCGAACUUUAGGUUUUAGUUUACAACAAAGGUCAUCAAUAGUGACAUGAAACUACACAUGAAAUCUGAUGCUCAGAUCAUUGGUGAAUUUGGUCAAAUUCCCCUUUUGAUCAUCAAUUAUAUAUAAGGCAAUCCAAUGGAGAAUCUAGAUUGUAAUUUGAGGUCACUUAGGGCUCUAUUCCGGGCACCCAUUCAUUAUUUAUUGGUACUCGUCAAUAAUUCUUAGAAUUAUUAUUCUUUUUCUAACCUUUCUAUAAUGGCCUCCUCUCCACAACAGUGACAGAUGAUCUUGUCUCAAAUUUUCUGAUUGUUUUACAAAUUAGCUUUAAGCAAUUUGUAAGGGGAAUCUUUAAAUUGAUCAUACAUGUAAGUCACUUUUCCAGAUAUAUACAUUUAGCCUUGCACAUUUGUCACUGCAUGCCAAUCUUCCCGAAAUAAAUUUACCUUUAUUGCAGAGAUACCAAACUUUUCUUGAUAGUACAGUACCUCAUCUUCUUCCAAGAUGGAUUUCAACUCUUGUGAUGAUGAUUGUAUUUCUUGCAAGGAUUUUAUACGUACAGGUAUAUUAACAUGUUUAUUUGAAGAUACCACAUUUUAGCAAAACUUAAAGGACUUCUUACAAUACCACUUUUUUAACAUGAUAUUGCUUCCUUUCUUUACAGGGCUGGUACAUAGUUACAUAUGCACUUGGCAUUUAUCAACUAAAUUUGUUUAUUGCAUUCUUGACACCAAAGAUUGAUCCUGCGCUAGAAGAGUUAGGUGAGAGUGACAUAGGUGUGUUCUUUUGAAUACAUUUUAAUUUAACAGGGUUCUCCUGAAAAUUUAAAGUAGACUUGGCUUUUAAUCCUUCUACUUUAAGGACUAGUAUUAACCAAAGGUUAUGGAGUGCGGGCGACAAUGAUCAAAGGUUAAAACGCUUUUGCUCCAAUGUUGUGAAACUUAUGCAAACAUAAGUUUCACGUGACAGGUGGUGAAAACAUGCAUGAUCAAAUUACAAGUGAUUGAAGGUCCAACCGUUUCAGAUCAAAUUGCAUUCUGUGCAUUCCAUUCAUUCUUAGUGGAAGUCCAAACAGGUGCUGGCUACAUACAUGUGACGCAUUUGUGAUAACACCCUGGAGAUUAGGAUUGCGGGCUCCUCUUGUCGCCCGCGACAAGAAAACACUUUGGGCAGCAAAAUACUAGAUCCAUGAAGUGGAGCACCUUCAUGAGAGUCCACCCACACCCCCAAAGACACCCAGUUAACCCUUUAAGUACCAAUGGUGACCAACAUCAAUUUUCUCCGAACAAUAUCCAUAGAUUCUCAAGAGAUUAGGUUAUGAGAGUUAAUAGAAUGAUCAUCUAAGAGAAAAUGCUUUGAUCUUUUAUCAAAUUCCCAACACAUUCUUAAAGGAAAUAUAUAGAGAUCAGUUUGGAGAAUUUGUAUGUGGAUAUUGGUGCUUAAAGGGUUAACCUGGCCCUCAAUGUGCAUAUUAAGGGUUUGAAUGUAUUGCCAUGGAUUCUUGAGAGUUUUUUUUAACUUUAUAAGGUUUUUUAUCUUCUUAUUCGUAAUGUCAAACCUAACAGUUGGCAAUAUGGAUUUCUAUUUUAAGUGAUUUAUGUGAUUUAUUUAUUUAUUUAUUUAUUUUUAUGUCAGUUUAAUUUAUCUUAUUGUAUUUCGCAGAGGAAGAUGGUCCAGAACUUCCCACUAAAGCAGAUCAAGAGUUCAGACCAUUUAUCAGAAGAUUACCUGAGUUUAAAUUCUGGUAAGAUUUGAACAGUGGAGGUUUUUUUUAUUAUUAUUAUUAUUAUUGUUAGUAGUAGUAGUUGAAGUAGUAGUGUAGUCCUGGACACAACAACAAUGAAGACAUUAAUGAGUUUACGCAAUAGGACGGCAGAAAGAAAAGGAGUAACAGUAAAACGUUUGUGUGUGACAAAUGUGACAGGGCUAUUACUUGCAUGUUUUGUCAUGAUCUUCACUUACAUUAAUGUUUGCUGGUCUUUUACAAAAAGAUCUGUUUAAAGGAGGGUGAAGUUUGGCGAAAAGUUUUUUCAAACAAAAUUAUUGUCACACUUGUCACACAGGGUUUGCCAUGUUCUUUCUUCUCUCGCCCUUUGCAUAAGCUCACUAUUACUUGAUAACACAUGGAACGUUGCACACAACGAGCAAAGGGUUGCCUGAAUGGUUGGUGGAGCCAAGAAUAAAAAAUUGCAGCCAAGAGUGGUGAUUUUGUUACCUCGGCAUCCUGCAUCCCUCACACAUAAAAAUCCCCAAAGACAGAAAAUAAUUUGUGAUAUGUGUCACGGAGGACACAAAGAUCAAAUUAUCGAUCUGAAGAUGUCAGGACUCACCUUAACUAUUUGUAACAAAAUCACUGCAAGAGCAAAGUAUAACCAUGACAAUCGGCCCCUGAGUGGCAUUCACCCUGAGGCACUGUCUCACUUUUGACCAGCCAGUGCAACCUAGCGUAGUUACCAUAAUACUUACCAAAGGGAGGGAAGGGUAGGGUGCAAAAUAGGGAGGAUUUGAGAGUAAUAGGGUUGAGCAACGAACUUGGCAACGCGAACGUAAUGGCCUGACCUCUGCCAAAAAACUGUAAAAAACCUAAAGCCCCCUGCAAAGCCAUAAGUGUGCCUCCAAAAAUCAGAAGUGAGAGACUGCUAGUCAUUAUUGUCUUAAGUUAAACUUAGCCUAAAUUUCAUUAAUUAAAAUGGAAGCAGGACUGAGUGUCAUCCAAUUUGGUCUGUAAUCAUACAAGUGAUUAUCAAAAUCAGAUGACCGCAUAGCGGGAAACUGAUUUGUUUAAUCACAAGUGUGAUUACAGACCGAAUAGAAUGAUGCAAAGUUCUGUUACCAAUUAAUCAUAACUAUAAGAACAUUUGUGAUAUUUUAAUUAAGUUUUUCAAAAAUCAAAACACAAGAUAUUCAAGAGUUUUUUUUUUUCUAGCAAUGAAAAAACAAGCCCAUUCAAGUGCUCAUGCAAUGGCACAUACUGUCCAAUUACUAGUGGGCAUGAUGUGUGCUGUCCCAGUACCUGGUCUGUUAGUGCUUACAUCAGGAUAGUUGAGAACCAAUAUUAAAUUUUAAUGAGAAUUUUGUUAUAGUUAUGAUCAGACACAUUAAUAACACUGAUCAAUCUUUCUUACUGGAUGUGUUUUCUCUCCCUAGGUAUGGAGCCACUAGAGCUGUUGUCAUCGCUAUAACAUGUACAUUUUUUGAGUUUUUUAACAUCCCUGUGUUCUGGCCAAUCUUAGUCAUGUACUUUAUUGUUCUUUUUGUCAUCACAAUGAAGAGACAAAUAAAGGUAAGCAAUACACAGUUACUGUAACAAACUCUUCAUUGUGUAAGUGAUUUUGAAACAAGUUACAAGAGAUAAUUUUUCUUCUUCAAACAGACAUGUGUCUGUCCAAGUCACCAAUUUGCUUGCACAAAACAAAAUGUGGUCACAUACAUUCAAGGAUGCAUUGUGUGUGUUUAUUGAAAAUUGUGUGUGUUAGCCUAUAUUUGUAAAGGCGGGUAGUGAUUCACCUUGUCAUCUCAUUCAGUUGAAACACCAAAAUAGAAUAGAGUAAUCUCUCUUUGAUGUACUGUAAUUGCCAGUUUACAUGUAGUCCAGAUUAAGAAGAAUCUGUUUCAUACCUGUACGUGCACAUUUGAAACAAAAUUUAUUGUUAUUGAUUUCAACUUAGUUUGUCAAACCCUUUGAUCAGUUGUUCUUUUCUUUUUUCCCGCUAGCACAUGAUAAAGUACCGUUAUCUUCCAUUCACACAUGGAAAACAGAAAUACAGAGGAAAGGAUGACUCUGGAGAUGUGUUGAAAUCAUAAGUUCUUACAACAUAACAAUAUUGUUUAAAUACAAAGACUGUACAGCAAUAUUUUUAUUUUAAGUACAUAAAUAGACUUCUCUCUGUGACUCACUGGGGACAUAUCAGUGCCGAGUGUUGAACGAAGGCAAAGUAAUUUGUCACAGCUUGGUUUUACAUCCUUACAAAUAUAUUACAAGCCCAUCUUUUAGAACCCAGGGGUUUCAAUAAGCACCGAUGGCUGAGAAAAUGGGUUGGCUACCUUGCUCAUAGAGGUUGGCUACUUUUUUCUAGAAAGAAAAAGCAACUAGUUUGAAUAACGUUGUAAACAAAAAAAAUAUAUCAUAAAUUCUGAAUGAAAAGGUAAUUAUGAUGUGUUUUCAUUUUGGCCCCCUGGUUUUACGUUAUACUUUAGUCAUAUAAAUGCUAUAUUUCAGUCAUUUUUUCACAAGUUUCUUUAUAGGUUUACGCUGAAUUUGUUUAAGCACAAAAGUAUGUAAUUUAGUUUUCAUCAUUUUGUUCAUUGAUUGUUGAAAUUGAUUGUGUGACUGAUAAAUUGAAAGCUACAUUUUCUUGAAUAAAAGACACGCUCUUUUGUCCUCAAAUUUAUUCCCCAGAAUGCUGAAAAUCGCAGUUUAGGGCUUUGAAAUUUCAAAAUUUUCUAGGGCAGAACGCUCCCAGACCUUAUUCAAACUUGCUGGCUACUUCAAUUUUUAUUGAAACCCCUGAGCAUCUAGUUAUCAAGAAGCUUGAAAUUUUGGUAAUAAGAUUUUGUAACCCUUUAUGUAAAAAGCCGGUGAUGCUAGAAAUUAAAACAGGAGUGUAUUUAAGUAGAAAAAAAAUCAGGGUUCUAGAAGGAACGAAAAAUAAUAAGCACCUUUUUCCACUUAAAUAUUAAACCUGUUUAGCAGAAGACCUUGAAUUCCUUUUAGAUAUAAUACAGUGCCUAUGUGUAGUUGGUUAAGUCUGUUUCAAGUUAACUAGUAUUAAACCUAGUUUUUGAGUUUUAUUUCUCAACGUAUUGGAAGUAUAACCAAGAUUGACUUUCACACAUCUUCUCAUGGAUGAGGCCAGCUGUCUGUAUUUGCAUGAGCUGUGAUUUGUUCUUUGGGUUGUAUUUUUUGAGAUUUGCUAGGUGAUUGGAUUUUGCUGUUAAAAUGCUCACCUGAGAACCACUCAUCAGAGUUUUUUGUAGCCAAAUUCAUUUUCAAGGACAUGAACUCCCAUAAUGGACCGUGCCUUUUGCAGCAAAGAUAUCUGCCCAAGGAGAAUCAAAAUGAUGAUGACGAUGAUGAUGAUGAUAUCGCCUUGACAAGAGUCUAUUCUUAUGCGAAUUAAUGCUCUUAAAAAAUUGCUUUAUUGUUGUGUGCAAUCUGCUUACACCUUUUCAUUGAUAAGCCUACCGCAGUCAAUAGCCAUCACAAAGUUUUAUGUACGUGUUGUGAUGUGUGUGUAUGCUUGUUGGCUUAGUUAGUGUAAGCACAUUGCACUUGACGGAAUGGUUGCUCUAAGUGGACUUUAACUUUUUGCUCCAAAAUUAAUGUCAUAACCUUCAAACUUGAAUUCUAUUUUGUCUCAGGAAAUGUCCCUACAGGCCCCAUGAAGGGUUUCUUUGGUCAAACCCUCCCACUCCCACCCCCACCCCUCUGGAAGUUUCAGUUAGUUUUAAAUGUUCAUUUUAACAGUUUGGUUUUUUUUUUGCCCCC